GACUACCAAUUACGCCAAUCUGCGAACAACCUGCACUUCCCUUGUUUCUGUUCUGUCAUGAGCUUGUAUUAGUCCUUGUAAAUUCUAUUAUGUCUUGUACCACUGAUUCCAGUUCUCCCUCCCCAACAAUGUCCCAGCUUCAGGUAGAUUCCCCAAGUUCCAAUCAUCGCUCAAACCUGAGUCUGCUCUCCCUCUCUGUCGCUGCUGCGAGCGUUACGCCAAUAUCCAUUCCCCACUCUGCGGACAUAACUGUCCAACCGUCGCAUGUAUCUGGGACCAGCUUUGGUCCCAAGCAUCGUCGCUUGUCAUCAACUGGCAAGACCAGAAGGAGACUAAGCGAUGCGCGCGACGCAGCUUCCCGACCUUUACCAGCGUCCCUACAGAGCGCAGCUUUGUCUUCGCUUGCCACGCUCUCUCUAUCCUCUUCGCCUCCGAGCAGUAAUACCCAUCACGGUACUUCCCUGAACGCCAUAUCUCGGAGUGUCCUUGAAACACAGGGACCUGACCCCAAUACUACACCGCAGGGGACUGAUGCUACACUACGAGGCGGGAGCUUCGAUGACAACGAAUUGUCGGGAUCGCUUCCUGCUCACAGCAGUCUAGGUACGAACGGCGGUGUUGCGAAGAGCGGGAAGAAACGCGGCACGAUAUUUACGUGCGAGAGCUGCUCGAAGGUCUACCGGCAUCCGUCAUGUCUCAUUAAACAUCGCUGGGAACAUACCCCCCAGUGGCGCGAAGCCUCGAAGUUUGUACUUAGCAAACAUCAGCAAGUCCAAUUGUUGGAGGCUGCUGCCAUAUUGUCGCAUCUUUCACCCUCGUCUACGAAUGGGGCGUCACUUCCCGAAGAUCGCUCCCUUUGGCCUACCUUUCUCUCUGGCGGCAUAGUCCCGCCUCCCGCUCUCGGGAGCGCAAACGAAGGAACUGACACUUUGUCCCCUUCAAAACCGAUUUCCAGCUCUGUUCCGGCAACCUCCGUCCUCAGCUCGGGCCGCGCAGGAUCAACCGGACCGCGACUACACGACUAUUCUAUUCCCCAAGCCACCGGCCCAGGUGGCAUUACCCAGCUGCGUCCAGGCCUCCUGGGCGUGACUACCACCCCGAACUCGCGCGCGCCAAGCUCCCCAGUGCCGGUCCCCACCGCUCCUACAGACGCCGAUGCGAGGAACCUUUUGGCUCUGGGCUCAGUCAGCGUGCACUCUGAGUCCUGGGGGUCGCCGACCUCAUCAUCGUUUUACGGCGUUUCGUCAUUCCCCUCCGCUUCUGCAUCCUUCUCACGUUCGGGAUGGUCCCACCCACGCUCGUCUGUGCGUUCGAUAUCUGCAUCUUCUCAUUCGAGCGACGACGGCGAGCUCGCUGACGUUGAUGAUAUCACAUCUGCGAACAUGCAUAUGUAUGGACGGGUGAGCGGCACCCGGUUCAGGUGGAAAUCCGAGGAAGAGGACGCUGUGUUAUCGUUCAGCGUGCCCGAGGAGGUCGAGGAGGAGUGCGUUGGCCCGGGCACGGCGAAGAAGAAGUCGGAAGAACAAUGGGACGGUAUGGAAAUGGAUAUGGAGAUGGAUUGAUUCCAUCCUGGGAUGGGCUUGCAGGAAUGCAAGCCGUCGAUCGACCACACGCAUCAAGUAAAGCAAAGCAAACACGCAAACGAAAUAUUCCAAUCUCCUCGCUUCGUUUCUCUCAACGACAACAGAUGUCGACUCAUCGUGUACUUAUUGAACCCACCGCAUACCUCACGCUCACCUUUCUGGCAUUGGGCUGUUCCGUCUUUCCUGUCGUUUGUUGUGUUGUUGUUGUCGCCGUCGUUGUUUUGUACUUCUGAGACUGCGUCACUCGAUCUUUUCGUUUUUUUGUUUUGAUACAUAUUAGCGCGAGGCAUCUUUCUGGACGUUUUAUUUUCUUCGGUGUAUGUAUCAUAAUUAUUGGAUGUAACACAAUGUGGAAUAAAUCGUGGAAUAUUUAACCUUGUACAUGCAUGAUCCUGCAGGUUGGCUUCGU